AUGGGAGAACGAAUCCCAACGAAUUCAUUGGAACAAGAGCCAGGUGGAAACGGUGCUGAAAUUUUAAAUGGAAUUAGGCACGUAAGACCUGGUAACGGGUUUGAGCCUAAUUUCCAGCUGUUUAAGAAGACAGACAUCAACGGCGAAAAAGAACAUCCAUUAUACACAUUUCUUAAGAAACUUUGUCCACCGACUCGGGACCAAUUCUACGAUCAGAAAAGAUUGUUCUACACUCCAAUGAAGACCCGUGACGUACGAUGGAACUUCGAGAAGUUUUUAGUUGAUCGCCACGGCAUGCCCAUCAUGCGUUAUGACCCGUCAACGGAACCCAACGCUAUUGCAAGAGACAUUGAAUAUCUCCUCAGCCAAGAUACUUAAUUUUAUGAGCCAAAAGAAAUCGCCAUUUUAUUCCACUUGGAUACAUAUCGCCUCGUAACAAAUGUCGUUUAUCACUUAAAGGCAGUUUAUGGGAAAAUGUUGUUCAGUAGCAACAAACUACAGUUAAAAGUAUUAUUUUAAGACAAAAGUAUUUAAGAAGCUAGUUUCAUUCCAUUAAAAAAUGUAAAAUGCAGCUUAUCUGGAUUUGAAAAUUAAGCUUAUUUUCGAACAGUUAAUUUUAAAGUUUUUAUACAAAAUUGAAACUUGUUUUUAACAUCUUUUAUAAUUCAGUCAUGUGUGAAUGAAUCAUUAUAAAUUUUGUGUACUUUACAUAUUAUAUGAUUUUGUUUUCCAAUUUACGAUUUUAAUCAUCAGUUGUUUUAUCUUGAUUAUGUCAUUGGUGGAUUAAAUCAGCUGAAGUCUUUAUCAUGAAGGGCAAGCCUUAAACCUUAGGUGGCUUGCUUGGAAUAGUUGUUUCCUGUCUUGGUUUUCUAGUGCAUUCAACUAAGAUAGGGUCAACUAAAAGAUUCUAAGGCUGUUUUAAAAAACUACUGGCAUAUAAAUAUUUGUAUAUGACUUCUGAUCAAAUAAACUGAUAAAACAAAACA